GAGAACUUUUCCUUUUCAGGGAUUGUUCUCGAUGCUGACAAAGAUAAAGGCGUAAAUGGAGCGGUGGUGAAGAGCAUCUGUAGCAAAAAAGCGAUCAGUCUUGAUGGCAGAAUACAGGUCGGCGACUAUAUCGUACGUAUCAAUCAGGAGAAUCUGCGUAAUGUGACCUCAUCACAAGCCCGUGCAAUCCUUCGACGGACCAAUUUGAUUGGCACCCAGUGCAAGUUCGUCAAUUUUUGUCUUUUACCCUCUUGUUUUUGUAAUCCGAUUACCUCUCUUUCGUUAUCUGUCAAAAAUGUCCCUCGUUUUUUUCUACGGUGA